UUAAUUUUUUAAACGAGAUAGAUGACUGUACCAAUAUAAUUAAUUGAACUUUUGAUAUCAAUGUAUAAGUUGUGGGACGUAAAUAUAAUAAACGUUGGCCUUCUAAUUUAUUUUUUUAUAAAAAUCGAUCUGCCUGCCCGAAAAAAUAAGGUCAAUUGCCAUCCAGCCUCCGCCCUCGCCUUCGUCGGUUUACGGGAGGUUCUCUAUAGUACGCGAUCAUGGUGUGCGUGGCGUGCCUUCUGCCCCUCUUCCUCAUCCCAGUCGUCAACGCUUUGCCGUUGCUUGUGGAUUUCAUCCUCGGUAAGGUGUACGGACUUUUUGGUUGGGAAUACAGGAAACCUGAACGAGUUCCUCCUGCUUGUCCUUACAAGCCUGUGAACAAGAAGGAUGCUCAAGGUGGCAGUGAGGAACACACAAAUCCAGAAUCGCAGAAAGUUGCUGAAAAUGAUAAGCAAGAAUGACCGUUGGUCUAAGACCCAUGUGUAGUGCUCCCUUGCUGAUUGGAACACUAUAUCCAAAGACUUCAAACAAAUAAUAGAAAGAAAAAAGAUAAUGUGAAGACCAAUAAGCAUCAUCUUUUUGUUAAAUCAUUUGCUAUGCUUGCUUCAAUUUAGUACAUUCCCCCUUUCAAAACAUAAACCAGUGAUCGAUUCCAUUUGUACAGAUGCCUCUGUUAUCCAUUUAGUUUGGUAUCUUUGAA